AUGCUCAACAAGCUCGUCGCACUCGUACUACUCGCGGUCUCGGUGUCAGCCUUCGAGUCGCCAUGCGAUCCCGUCAACGGUUGCAUUGUGGGCCUCGAGUCAGACGUUGACGGCCACUUUGGCAAAGGCAACUACAAAGUCCUCGACACAAACAUCUGGAUUCGCUGCCAGGAGAUGACGGCAGCUUUCUGUCAGAAGAGCAGCGAUGGCCUCAACUUUGUGGUCAUCUCAGGAAGCGAGCCGCAGGUCCAAUUGCGCUCUGGCGGAGCAUACAAGGGCGCUCUCGUCUCUUGCGUCCCCGUCGGCGAGCAGAAUUGCGACGGUUGA